AUGUACGAUACUAUUCCGAAAAGAUGGUACUGUAUCAUAUCAUUAGCUCGGAAAAGUGUCGGUGAGUCUUGGUUGCCUUACAUUGUCGGAGUUGCAUUGCUUUACAACGAUCUACAUCUUAUCUACCCGGAUAGUCUCGAUAUCAGAAUCGAAACCCUGAGAUUACCUAAUCAUCGAGUCAUGUACGAGCACUUCCGAGUCACGGAUCUCAUUCAAAAGAUCCCACGGCUACCCUUUCAAAGCCUCGGAUCAAUUACGCUAUCGAGGUUUCAAUCCGCUUUUAGUGAGAUCAACAGUGGGUCAAUUCGAGUGAAGAAAAGGUUGGAAGGCAAAUGGGAGCUCCGAUUUUUCACCGCAAGAAGGGUCCUGAGUGGUCAAUCCGAUGUUGGGUCCUGGUUGGAUUCAUGGGAGAAGGGUUCCGGGCUAAAAUGGUGCGUGAGAGACUCCGGGGUGGGCGGAUACUAA